GUAGCACGGCCAUUGCACUAAACUGUGAACUGCAGUCUUUUGAUUCGAAGUUAGUAUCACGGAGGUGUAUCAUUUUGCCCCUCUAUGCAGCAACAAUAGAAACGAUAAAAGAUGCUGCGUUUCACCACGUCGCUGGCGUAAUUGUAUCCCUGCCAGCGAGAAAUUGGCCCCCUGAACUACAGAAGUUAGAGCGUGAGAUUCUGGCGAGUGAAAUCACGAUCCCAAUUUACUUUGUUCUUGACAGUGAGCAACUAACUGUAACUGCAAAUGACGUGCUGGAAAUGUCUCGACGUGAACAAUCGGUUGGCGGGUUGGCAGCACUUGCCACUAUCUGGUCAACGAGCUACCGCGUCGUUAUGCAACCUGCUGCUGCAAAGGACACAGACAUGUUCCACGUCACCAACAUUGAGGGUCACCUUGGAAUUGGAGAUGGGCGGAAGCUACCUGUGCUGCUUAUUUGUGCGCACUACGAUGCAAUGAGCGCUAUUC